CUCUCCUCUGCUCUGCGUGAGGAAGAGGAAUUAAUUAUUUACAGGCGGUUUAAUUAAUUGCAGGCAUGGGAACCAAAAUGGGUUGGUCUAGAGAGAACGCGGCGAAUGCAUACUUGGAUACUCUCAAGCUGAGAAGUCGGGAAAUGGGGAAGAAGAGUAAGAGCCUGGAAUCGCAGAAAUCAGUGGAGCCGGAAGGCAACGAGUUCAUCUCGGCGCUGGCGGCCGGCAUGGGCGCGAAGCUGAUCGUGGAGGUUUCGCCGGAGCCGUCGCAGUCGACGGUGGCGCUGGCGGCGGCGGCGCGGCAGACGGGGGGGCGGCUGAUCUGCAUCCUGCCGGAGGAAGCGGCGGGGACGUCGGCGAAGGAGGUGAUCGAGGAGUCGGGGCUGGAGGACCGGGUGGAGUACAAGGUGGGCGACCCCUACCAGCUGCUGCCGGAGUACGAGAACAUCGACUUCUCCCUCGUCGACUGUAAGGCCGACUCCUACACCGACCUGCUCAAGCUGCUGGACGUCAACCCCCAGCGGGCGGUGGUGGUGGCCAACCGGCUGGAGGACGGCAAGGAGGGGCUGCGCGGCGACGUCCGCGGCCUCAGCUCGCACAAGGGCCACGUCAUCCGCUCCCUCAAGCGCCCCAUCGGCGAGGGCAUGGAGGUCACCGUGAUAGGCAAGAUCGACGAUUCCGGCACCGGCAGUAGCAAGCAGCAGAGGAAGGUGCCGGCGAAGCACCAGAGGCGCAAGAGCAAGUGGGUGAGGGAGAUCGACGAGCACGGAGAGGAGCACAUCUACAGACUGCCCAUGUCCCUUUGAUUAACAAUUAAUGAACCAUCCAUCCAUCCAUCCAUCAUCAUCAUCAUCUAAUUAACUAAUUCGAGACUUAGCACAUAAUACGCUAAUUAGUAGAAUAAAUAAGAACCACGUGGCUACCACUAGAAGAAUGAAGGUCGGAUUAUUGUAAUUCAAUGCUAUUA